UCUCGUAAAAUUAAUGUCGGUCUGAAACUGACAUUACGCUUGCGAUUGUAUUCAUGUUUUUUCGUGUUUUCUAGAAGAUAUAAAUUUAACGCAACGUUACUGUUCAUUCCACCAAGCAAUUUCUUUAGUUAACUUGCAUCUUAUUUUUAUUCAGCUGCUCAAAUGGCAGACAUGCAAUCUUUAAAAGCCGAAGAAGGAGAAUCGUCAUCCACUAUAGUUGUUGAGGCUGAAGAAAUUGAACCAGCUGUAGUCCCAAGUGUUCGAAUGAAAUUGAAGAAACCUAAACCUAAGAAGAAAGUUGCUUGGAGUUCUGACACAGUCGAUAAUGAGAAUAUGAAUAAAAAAAAAUCCAAAUGUUGUUGUAUAUAUGAAAAGCCUAGAAUGUUUGGUGAGAGUUCUUCAGAAUCAGAUGAUGAUGAGUGUGAACACUGUAAAGGUCACAUUGAAAAAAAACAUCAUAGCAAGCCCAAACCAUCAUCAGAUGAAAAUCACAUAGAUCAUAUAAGCCCUGAUAAUAAAGAAAACAUGUAAAGAUAUUCUUAGUCAGUAUUCAAGAUCAUUGUACAUACUUGUAUAUAAUAUUUAUCUAAAUGGAUUUGUAACUGGAUGUUUGAAUUAUAAUUGUUAUUACGGAGUAAUUUGUUGAUAAAUGAUUGAUUGUAUGCAAAUAGACUGUAGUAAGCAAAAGAAAUUCUCCUUUUACAUCCCUCAGAAAACUGCCAGAAACAUUAACUUUUAAUUGUUUAAGAAACUGCAGAAGAAUGUUUGUAAAAAGAAGAUAUAUUAAAUAUUAGUUUUGAAUGCAGUUUGUAUUUAUAACACAAAUUGAAAAAGACAUGAAAAAAAAGCUGCAUGUAUUAAAAUAUACAAACUAGAAUUUGCAUUAUCUUUACUCUAGUUUUGCAUGUAUUCCACAUAUUAUUUAUAGUAAUUAUUAUCUGUUAAUCAGUUUAUACAUGGAAAUAUUUAUUAUAUUUAUUAGAAGUUCCAGCAACUGCUGUUUUGCAUUAAUUUUAUUCAUUGGUAUUUUUUAAAUUGACAAAGUAACUAAAACAAUCAUAAAAGCUAUAUAUAUAUAUAUAAAGUAAGAUUCUAAAUUUAAACUAUGUUUGUGGUCCACUUUAUAAUUUUGUCUGUUAUAUACUCAAGUUGGGAAGAAAAAAAUUAUGUAGAUAAAAAUGUAAAAGAUGUCUAUGCAAGAUUUAAAAUCAGACUAUUAUAAUAUAUUUCGCAAUCAAUCUGAUUAAUUCUGAUCAUCAUUUAUUUUCAUUUUUCCAUAUACAAAGUAUAUUAAUAAAGUAUUGUAAUUGUUAAAAAUUUUGAUGGAUUUCCCUAUUGCAGAUCUUGUUGAGUUCAAAACAGACAUUUUUGGAAUUAUUUCUGUCUAUGAGCUCAGACUUGCAAUUUUUUUUUAUAUAUAUGAGGUCUUUAUGCUAAAUUUGUAGAUUUUUAUCAAAUUUUGAAUGAAAUCCAUUCACAUGACAUUUGUUUGUCUGUCAUACAAGUGAAUACAAUAACUAAAAAAAAAUUGCUAAAUAAUAUUUUGUUUUUAAUUUUAAAAUCUAAAGUAUAGAUCUGUAUUUUCAACAAAAUUCGUAAAUGUAUGUAUUUUUGCAACCUUGUAAAUGCAGUAAUCAAAAUCACAAUGACUUAUGCAAAUGAUGUUUGAAAUUUAAUCUUUUCAUUAAAAUUGUAAUCCUACUUCAAGUUUUGGUUUUAAUUGGUAAUAAAAAUUUAUAAAAGCCAUCCAAAUGGUGUACUAUAUUAUGAAACAAAAAAAUGCUCAUGUGUUAGAUUGUGAAAAUAAAAGUCUGAGCACUCAUUUAGUUCACAGCUUUGUCUUAGGAUCAUAUUUUAUGCAAGAAAGGGGAGAGUAAUGCAUUUAUUAGUGUGCAUGUGAGAAAAUAUGAGUGAAGAGCUUUCCCCCUGGUUUUAUGUAUAAAACAGAUUUUAAGUUUUGCCUAAAAUUAAUCUGGUACAAUAAAUUUAAGGAUUGCAACAAAAUGAAUGCAAAUAAUAUGCUCAAUCUCUUAGAGAAACACACUUUUGACUUUGAUUGUUAUUAUUGUUUGACUUAUGGCUAUUAUACAAAUAUUUUUGUGAUAUAAUAUAAAAUUUUAUAUUAAAUGUCCAACCUUUUAUCUGCUUCAUCUAUUAAUUUACAUAUAUUUUUACAUGUUCAUCUCGAUAAAUUUCUAUUCAGCUUAGAAAUUUAAAAAAUUAUUCAUUGUUGUCUGUAAUCCUUUUUUAUUAUUAUUAUUUGUAUAUGUGUGUGCAUGAAAAUUGGAGAUAAAAUUGUUCCACACUUCCUUAGGCAAGUCCUAACAGAUUAAAAAGAAUAAUAAGAGAAAUUAUGAAUUUCACAAAGAUUGGGUUAAUCCUAAAAUACCUUUAAGAGAAAGAAGAACAUUUAUUUUUUAAUCAUUAUUUUAUAUCAUCCUAAACAGGGCUAUUUGAGCUGCGACCAUAUAAAAAAAUAUUAAAGUUGGUUUUUGUAUAUUGUCUCAAGUCUAGAAAUAAAAAUAGUAAGAAAAAGUGAAGAUUUAUAAAACUAUUUACUAUUUCUGUUUGGUUUAACUUUAGUUAUUGUUAAUAAGUUAUGUUAUUAUUGUUUCUAUUCCUAGCUACAGAGUUAUUAAAAAAAUAAUUUUUAUUAGAGAUGAGGUUAGAAAAUUUUCUUUUCUCUCAAAAAAGAAUUCACGAGUAAAAAAAACUUUUAAGAAACCUGUUUGAAAUUAUAGUAGUGAACAACUUAAUUUUAUUUAAUAUGUGUUGUUUCCAUUAUAUAAA